AUGUCGACCCCAACAUCUGAAGCGGGCUCACAAGCUAGGACCCCAAGAAGACCUGCUGCUAGAGGGAAAUGGAGCGAGGAGCAGCUAUUGACGAGCGAUAAGUCCCUGCUUAUUGAUAUGGAUCUAGUGAAACUGCUGGCGCGACCUGAAGCAUGGAAUUGCCUUGAGGAAAGUGAAAAGCGCGAAAUCCUCUCUCUACUUCCCCCAGAUGUUCAUCCGGAGGCAGAAGCUAUAUCGGAUGACCCUAACGCAAAGAUCAAACCCAUUCCCGACUCUUUUCUCCGCUAUUCAAACAACUGGCGCGACGGCAUUCGACAGUUCCAGCUCGAUCUCCAACACGGCCGUUACGACCCCCAAUGGCUGCGGGAGGCGCAGGAAGCCAAACAGGAGCGCGAAGACGGCGACUUUGACGACUUCAAAGAGCGGGAAUAUGAAGAGUUCUGGGGCCAGAAGCAAAAAGUCAACUGGUAUGCGAUGGCUGGAGAAAGUGCGAGUGUGAGGUUGGGAACUCUUAUAGAUGAAGGUGUUAUACAGCCGGGCGAUAUCUGGAAAUUCUACCAUAUUUUCGGUAGGGGCUCUGGCAGAAUUAUCAUCGAAAAGGAAGUCAUGGUCCUUGACUGUGUUGGGCCAAGAUUGACUUUUGCGAUUCCACCCGGUGAACGAGUCUUUCUUCGAAGCAAUUUCGAUAAGGCGGGGUCAUUUUCGAUACCAGAGAAGGGAAAAGAAGAUAUGAAAGUCGACAUCGACACACAGCUACAGCCAUCGCAGGCCACUCACGCAACUUCCGAUGGCGAGGAGAUAAAGGUCGACACCGGUAAAGCGCCACAUGAGGUCUUUACAUCCUCCACUGAGAUAAAUAGCGAUACCGAUACCGCUACCGGCACACAGCCAGUCAUUUCACCUUCAAAUAACGAAGAGAGCCAACAAGAUACCCCAUUCAGCGUUGUUAUUUUCAGCCCUGGUGGUACGCGAAAUCGAAAACCCAAGCGCACGAUUCCUGAGCCAGAACCUCAACCCCCAGUGAAAAAGAGAGGACGACCACGUAAAACCCAGCCAAAGCAAUCCGAACCGCCGUCCCAAAAAGUCGAGGUUCCCCAGGAAAUAGAAGUGUCCCAACGCGAUGAGCAGAAUACCACGGAUUCUUUUUCUGUGAUGAGAAUCUUGACUGCAAAAAUCGCAGAAAAUAACAGAGCUGCAGCAGAAUCCUCCCCCCAAAAGCCCUCGUGGGCAGAAUCCCCCUUUUCGGUACUUUCUUCCACCUCUGAGCCCUCAGAGCUCCUUGGACCACAUUUAUCUACACACAUUGAGGCACCCGCUGAGGCUGAGCGGGAUGAAAUUAAUAAACCCCCAAAUACCGAACAACAGAAAGAUCCAGUCCCAAUUCCGCCUCCAACUACUGAUAGUGAGCCGGACGAGAUCAUCGUUCCCAAUAUCCCCUCGCCAGGAGCACUCGUCUUGAAGAUUCUACAAAUCGAUGGCCGCAAGCCGACCAGCCGUACAGGGAAUGCCUGGAAGUCACUCCGCUGCUACCGAAACAACCAGGACAUGGGAAGCCUCUUUGAUGUGCGAGAGGCAUGGUUCCUUCAACAUGGACAACCUCGGUAG